ACUCUAUACACUUCUCUCAAAAUUACUCUCUCAAACAAAACACACAACUAAAUACACAAGUAAAGAAAACAUGGUACCCUCAACUUCUUUUACUUCUAUUCCUCAAGAAAUCAUUAACAACCUUCACUAUUCUAGACGAUUAUUACUACUUAAUUCCCAUAUUAUUCAUUCUUCACCACCUACAAACCAAGCACUAACACCAACCUACCAAGUCCUAGACCCGAGUUCGAGCCAUGGCAAAAACGGUUUUGAUGCUAACAUAAUCAUGAUCCUCGCGGUAUUAGUAUGCGCGUUAAUAUGCUCAUUAUGUAUUAAUACCUUCAUUAGGUUUGUGAUUAAGUGCUCAAGUAUGAUGAGUGGAGAGCCUAAUUAUUACCUAAGCAUGAUUAACAACCAUGAUGAGAAGAAGAAAAGUGUUAGUGGUUUAGACAAAAGGGCAUUGAAGACAUUUCCAGUUGUGAAGUUUUCAAAAGAUGUGCAAAUUCAAGGGUUAGGUUCAGAGUGUGUGAUAUGUUUGUCAGAUUUUAAGGUUGGAGAAAAAGUGAGGAUUUUACCAAAGUGCAACCAUGGCUUCCAUGUUAAGUGCAUUGAUGAGUGGCUUAGCUCACAUUCUUCUUGCCCUAUUUGUAGACAAUCUUUAGUUGAAACAUGUCAGAAGAUCAUUGGGUGUGAUCAUGAUCAUCAUACUACUACAUCAUCAUCAACAUCACCAUCAUCAUCAUCUUCAUCAUUAAUAUCAUCAUCAUCAUCAAGGGAUGUGGUUGUAGUAAGUAUUGAGCCACUUGAAAGGGAAGAUUUAGUGAGAAAUUACAGGAGUACUGAAGGUUCUCAGAGCUAGUCAAGACAAUUCAUUGUCACCUUAAAUUCAUAGGACUAGUAUUUUUGUACUUGUAAAAAUGAUAGACACAAAUUCCCAAUUGUUGUUCUUGCAAGUGUAAAAGAAAAAGAGCAAUUAAUACAAUUUCCCUGGUUUGCCAUUUUUAAACUUUGUGGUAGGACAUUUUUUUGUUAUAAACAAAAAAAAAAAAACAACGGAAUUCGAUACUUUGAUCACAACUUACAUCUAACACUUUCAAAAUGUUAACAACUAAGUUGUUUAUCAUGAAAUAUCAAUAGUCUACUUUAUAUAUGUGAACUAA